AAGGAUUGUGCUUUUUUUUUUCUUUCUUUAUUAUUAUUAUUAUUAUUAUUAUUAUUAUUAUUAUUAUUAUUAUUAUUAUUUUUGUUAUUUUAAGCUUAAAAGGUGCUUAAUUGGCAUAAGUGUUGAGCGGGAAGAAGGAAGGAAACGCGUUUUACAGCUUCAUCAAAGAAAGAAGAGCUCUGUCCUUUACUCAACUUUCUAGAUCUGAGCUGUGUGCUUUUUCCCACCGACGCUCUUACGCCUUCAUCAUUGUUGCUUCUCAGCUAGCAAUUAUGACUCCACCCAUCGAAACUCCAGUCAAGGCUUCAGUUCCACAGAAGUUCUCCAUUCCACCUCUUAAUGAAAGAAUACUCUCUUCUAUGACAAGGAGAUCGGUUGCAGCUCAUCCUUGGCAUGAUCUCGAGAUAGGACCUGAUGCCCCACAGAUUUUUAAUGUGGUGGUUGAGAUCAGUAAGGGGAGCAAGGUGAAGUAUGAACUUGAUAAAAAAACUGGACUGAUCAAGGUCGAUCGUGUUCUUUACUCAUCAGUUGUAUACCCCCAUAACUAUGGGUUCAUCCCUCGUACACUCUGUGAGGACAGUGACCCUCUGGAUGUCUUAGUCAUCAUGCAGGAGCCUGUUCUUCCUGGUUGCUUUCUUAGGGCUAAAGCAAUUGGUCUUAUGCCCAUGAUUGAUCAGGGAGAAAAGGAUGACAAGAUAAUUGCUGUCUGUGCUGAUGAUCCUGAAUAUAAGCACUACACUGAUAUCAAUGAGCUGCCACCCCAUCGUUUGGCUGAGAUCCGUCGCUUCUUUGAGGAUUACAAGAAAAAUGAAAACAAGGAAGUUGCUGUUAAUGACUUUCUUCCAGCUGCCAAAGCCUUCGAAGCAGUCCAGCAUUCCCAGGAUCUGUAUGCAGACUACAUCGUGGAGAGCCUGAGGAGAUGAUAGUCUUUUCAUCUAGCACAAGUCGUGAAUGGUGGUCAAUAUUACAUUUCUCAAACUGAUAUACCAUAUAAUAGUACUGCCCUAAUAUUCUAUUAUUCCUUCUUCAACAUAUAACAUCUAUAUACAAUAUGCUUGUAUUAUCCACUGCAUGGGAAAUCACUUCCCUUCCAUACAGUCCAUGAUGAUGACGAAAAGGAAACUUUCACGUUUCCCUUCGUCAAAUUUUGUAAGAUUUGAACGAUCUCUCAAUUGUCCGGUUUAUGAAAUGGAUGAUAUACAAAGUUAA